AUGUCGAUAUUGUCCGUAUGGAUUUCGGAAAAACCGCGAUUUUACAAGUUGAUAUAUCAAAGGAGUAAACAUUCAAAUAUAGACUCCCCAAUACAAAGUAAUGAAGCACUUGAAUCAAAUUACAUUGACUGUGAGUUCAAUGUGUCUGAAAAAAAAAGUCUAGAAACUGACUACAGGUGCCAAUAUAGUCAAUGUAAUUUUUAG